AGGCCCUGGGAUUCCUCACUAUGGGUCACUUCAGAUGAUCGUGUCCGCGGAGGCGCCAGCCAGUCCCACCUCUCCGUGAUAAACCCCGAAAAGGCCCGCUUCUACGGCCAUCUCGAUACCCAGACGCUUGGUGGUGCCGGCUUCGCAUCGCAGCACAGCUUGGGCGUGCUGGACUGGGACCUUUCCGGCUACGAGGGCAUCGUCAUUGCGGUAGCCGAAGCCGAUGGCAAACGCUACGCGCUGACGCUCAAGGACGAGAUACCUCCGAAGAGGGGCGACGGGCGUGAAGAGGCCGGUAUUAGUUGGGAGGCCGAAUUCACGGUUUCGCAGGGCAGAUCGGAUUACGACUUGAAGACGGUCUUUUUGCCGUGGAGUGCGUUUAAGCCGACGUAUCGAGGCAGGCCGAAGCCGGAUGCGAAGCCGUUGGACCUGUCCAAUGUCAAGCGAGUUGGUUUGAUGAUGCGAAGUUUCUUUGGAGAUCAAGAGGGAGAUUUCUCCAUCGAAAUCCACGCCAUUGCGGCGAGGAGGGAGAUUGAAGAGGAGGAGGAAGAGGAAGAGGAAGCCGAUGACCCCAAGGCUGCUGCUGUGGAAGCUGCAGCGUUGAAGAAGCCGCAGACUCGUCGAAGUUGGUUGCGACGGUUGCUAUGCGGGUUGAUUUGA